AUGGGUAAAAUCGAUUCGUCGAGUUUGGAAAAUAUGACAUCGAUUUCGAGAAAACCGUCAAUUGGACAUAUCGCAACAUCGAGUGAGACUUGUCGAGUUUGCGGUGAUGGAAAUGCAAAAACACAUUAUGGAGUUGUCACUUGUUUUGGAUGUAAAGGAUUUUUUCGAAGAACGUGAGUGAAAUGUUUUUUUUUUGGAAUCGGGGUCCAUCUGUUUUUUUAAAGAAUAAUUCUAAUUGUGUUGUGAUUUUUCUACAGUAUGAAUUUGAAUCUUUUUUUUUAAAAUAAUUUACGAAUUUUUGAAAAAAAAUUUCCGAAAUCAUUCGGACAAGCAACUCAAUUUUCAAAAUUAAGAAACAUAUUUUCAGCCCUUCCCUCAAUCCUAACUAAAAAGCUCAAGCUUAAGUUCCAAAUUUGAAUUUUGACUGGUUUCUACCUAGGGGCCUUUAACAUCAACCUGAAACUAAUUUGAAAUGCUAUUUUUGGGAUAGAAAACUGACUAUACUGUAGUUCUAAAAAUGUUCCAAAUUUUGCAGAUUAAAACGGCCAACAGAAUAUACGUGUAGACAUAAUGGAAAUUGUGUGGUCGAUCGACAUGAACGGAAUUCCUGUCGAUUUUGUAGAUUCAAAAAAUGUAUUGAAGUUGGGAUGGAUCCAAAAGGUAACAGAAUGCUUGGCCUUUUUUCAUUUUCAAUCAAAAAUCCCUUUUCAGCUGUGCGACCUGAUCGUGAUGCUACUGGUCGACAUUACCAAGGCCGACAACGUAGAUCAAAAUUAUCUGCCGACGAUGAAGGUGAAGUUGAUGCUGAAUGGAUGAGAAAACUUCCAGUUGAUAUGCGAACUACUUUGAUGCAACUUCUAAAUAUUGAUCUAAUUGUUGGAGGUGGUGAUGGACAUACAGAACCAUUGAAGAUUUAUCCAUUGAGUUUUGAUUCGAUUCGAAAGCUUUUAGAUGAUCCAAGUUUAUUGGAUGGAAAACGAACGGAGGUGAUUGAUUGGAGAGAGUUCAAUCUGAAAAUAAUUUUUUUGUAGAUGCGAUAUGAAGCUUUCCGAGAAAUCACACCUGAAGAAAUGCCAAUAAUUGCACAUCGUCGAUUAAUUGCAAUGAUCGAUUGGGCUGAUCAUCUUUUUGAUAUGAUGGAAAUUCACAAUAUGGAUGAUAAAGUGACAAUUGUCAAAAAUAGUUAUGCACCUUUAAUGGUAUUUUCAUUAUGCGCGAAUACUGCAAGACAUAAACAACCAGAUAUUGUUUGUUUGAGUACUUUUGGAUAUCUGCCAAGAUAUGCGGCUAAUUCCUGGGCUGAACCAUAGUGAGUUUAUUUUAAAUCAGGCUUUCUGAAACACAAAGUCUGGAAAUUGUUUAUAAAAUUUUAUAAAUCGUUUUUUUCUAGUCACUUUGGAAAUAAUAUGGCUGAAAGAUGUCUUGAUGAACUUAUUGAUCCACUUCGUCGAAUGGCUCUCAAAGAAGAAGAAAUAACAUUACUUAAAGCGAUCAUUGUUCUUAACCCAUGUAAGCUAUUUUUUCGAACAAAACAAACAAAAUUGAAUAAACAAACCAAAAGUUCAGACCUCAAAAAUCUGUCGGCGGAAACAUCAGAAGCUAUUAUGGAUCUUCGCGAUCGAAUUCAAGAGACACUUUAUCAUGUUGUUCGAGAGACACAUCCAAAAGAAGUUGCAUCAAGUCGUUUUGGAAACCUUUUACUCUUCGUACCAUCUGUUAUGGUGAGUUUGAUCCUGUUCAUGAAAAACUCAUAAAAAAGUUUUUCUUUGUAGAUGUUGGGAAAGAUCGUGAUCGAAAAUCUAUCAUUUGUUGAUAGUUUUGGACAAAUGACUGAUCGUUUAAUGCAUGAUUUAUUAUCAGAAGAACCAAUCAGAGAAGUGAAAAACUCACCAAAUGGAAUGGAUUCGAUAUCAACAACAUCUACAUUACCAUCAACAUCUCAAGAUGAGCAAAGUAUUCCAGCUUUAUCAAGAAGGCACAGCGAACCAAGAAUGGUUCAUUCUUCAAGUAGUUCAAGUAUUGAAAGUAUGGCAUCUUAUGGAUGUGCAUCAUCAAAUGGUGCAACAAAUGGAGGCUCGUUUCCAAAUCAGGGUUUACCUUAUAAGUGAGUUCCUUUUUUUUGAAUUCAAAAUCCUGAUGAGAAAUUUUCCAGCUUAUCUUGUAACUCAUUACCUGCCCAAGUAAAUGAUUUCGAUGUUUCUUUGAAUGCUGCCAGUUCUAUGCCAAAUCUUGAGAUGGCUGAAUGCGAUCCAGAUUAUAAUUUAACAAUAACUCCUGAUAUGUAUACUGAUAUGAGACAAGCAAUGACAGCUGCAAAUGGUGGAAGUAUGGAUACAGAAGAUCCACCAACAACUCCACCACAACAAGGUCAACCAAUGUUUUAUAUUUCGACAGUGGAAUCGACGAAACAUAAGUUUACUGUAACAAAUUAUGCACAGCAACAACAGCAGCAACAAUAUGAAAAUGGAUAUCAUCAUAUUCCACAAAACGCUUCAUAUGCUGGACAAAUGUCGACACAAGCCCAAAUCCAACAACAACCAGGUCAACAGUCGCAGCAAACUCUAUGCAAGACAAAUUCAUUACCUCCCCAAUAUAUUCAAAAUUAUGAGAUGAGUUCGAAUUAUUCUCAACAACAACAACAACAACAAAUGGAAUGCGAUGAUUCGCCAAAUUAUAUCACUUUCAAUCCACCUUCAUAA